ACUACAACCAUUCCUCUAACAUCAGCAUCACAACCAUCCUUACAUUUCUUCCUCUUUAUCAACUUCCAUUCCCAGUGUUCUACACCUCUGUUGGAUCUUCUUUUGUUGCCUCAGUUGACAAUAUGAUCCAAAACAAAGAGAACAUUAAGAUGGAAAAAAGAGAAGACAAAAAAGAGAAAUCAGGGGAGUUAGAUAUAUGGAGUUCAAUAUUCUUGACGCAAAAUGACAAAGAUGAAGCUUCCAAAUUAAAAACUCUUCCUUAUAUUCACCCACUUGAGAAAAAAUCAAAAAGUUUUUUAAGUGAAAAGAGUCUCCAAAUAUGCACCGAGAGUCUUGGAUCUGAAACAGGAUCAGACGAUUUCUCUUCUUCUAACACAUCUUCUGAGGAUAAUAAUUCAGAGGAUGAUGAAAAAUUUAAAGAAGAAGUGAAAACAUGUGAUGAAUUUGAUGAUGUGUUGAAAGUUCCAAAAUACAACAACUAUUAUUAUGUGAAGAAGUCUCCUAGUUUUCCUCCUCCACUCUCUUCACUCUCUACUCAAAGUCAACAUGGUCAAAGUCAAACAUUUCAAAUGAGGUCCCACCGCGACAAUGGAAGGUUAUUUUUGUUCCUACAAACUGUGUCGGUUCCUUCACAAAAUUUCUUCGCUAAACGACAAAAUGGUCGUCUUAUUCUAACUUUUGUUAAUCACGAUGAAGAGGAAAAAGAUUGUAAUGAGAUUGCGAUAGAGAAAACACAAAUGUUGUCAAGUGGAUUAGAAUUAACAGUGAAGAAGCUAAUUGGGUUAGUCAACAAGAGUCCAAAAUGGUCAAAUAAGUUCAACAAAGUGCCUAAUUUUGAGGAUGUUAAAGUUGUGCAACAUGGUUCAUUGCCACGGUCAUUGCCCUUCAUAAAUGGUUAUCAAUACUAUUGGAGAACCAAGGCUAUAGAAAACGUUGUUGCUCCUCUAAUUCCUAAUAAUGAUGCAAUUAGUGAUCAACAAAAUAGCAUUGGCAACAAGGUUGUUGUGUCUGAGAACAUAUAUUAUAAGGCUUCAAAUCAAGCAUCACAACAAUUGUUGGUUAUGAGAGGGAAGAAUGGGGGUUACUUGGUUCACAAUUUGAAGUUUUGCAAGGAUUUUAGAACUUCAAGGUCUUUUAUGUUUUGGGACACAUGUUGCGUUGCUACUUGACCUCUUUUUUCUAUAUUGCUAAUCUUAACUCUUGAAUUUUAAA